UCAUGCUCUUCCGCGAACCAAAGAGUGCCCCAGGGUUUUUAGCAGCAAUGGCCAAUCUCUUCAAAAUCCAUAAACCUCUCUUCUCAGAGUGACGAAGUCUGGUUUUUUCCCGUUUCUUUAACCUUUCAUCCUGAGUAAUGGAGCUUCCCAGUCCUUCAGUUUCAAACAGAAAUCUGUUUGUUCCACGCUUUUCCUUCUUCACUCGCAAAUUUUCCUUUAAAACUUGCAACACCAAAACCCCCUCCAAAUUCCACAAAAACCUUUCUACUCCAUUCCAUUUAUCAUUCUCAACCACCAGAAUUGUGCAUGUUUCGGCCCGUUUUGGACGACCUACGAAUCGCAGGAAUUCCCUAAGGAAAAAGCUCGUUGAUUAUCAACAGGUGCGUCAAAAGAAUCCUAUUUCUCUAAAUCCAAGUUCUGAUUGUCAAAACCCGAAUCUCCAUUUUGAUAAUAUUGGUAAUACUCAAGAGAAUUUGGAUCAGGAUAGUCUGAAGGAGAUUGAUUCUAGUGAUGGUGUUGGUUUAGUUGAAUCCGAAUGUGAAAAAACUUGGGAAACACAAUCGAAAGAACUGGGUGAAUCAGUUUUGUCGACUAAGCUCGAUAAGUGGGUGCUUCAGUAUAAUAAAGAUACUGCAUAUUGGGGUAUUGGGUCUGGUCCCAUUUUUACUGUUUUUCAUGAUUUAAAAGGAAAUAUCAAGCGGGUUUUAGUUCAUGAAGAUGAGAUCUUAAAGAGAAGCCAAGUUGAGAAGCGAGAAUUGGGGGAUUUAACAAAAUUAAAUUCUAAAAUUUCGUAUGCAAAGGAUUUGGCCAGACAGAUGGAGGAAGGGGGAAAUGUUAUUCCUAGAAAUAGUUCAGUUGCAAAAUUUGUUGUUUCCAGGGAAGAGUCUGGUUUUGUAAACGCAAUUCGUGAUGUUAUUCCGCAGCCCGAGUUUGUCCCAGUCCUCUCGGGGCUUGCGAAAUUGACAUUUUGUUUUUUUGUUGCAAUUUGGGCACUGAAGAAGUUGUUCACUUCGGGAAAUAAGGAGGAGCAGUUAACAGAAUUGGAGAAGGAAAUGAUGAGGAGAAAGAUAAAAUCUAGACAGGAAAAAGAAAUUCGCAACAAAGGUAGAGUUGAAGUUGUCCAAGAACCUUCUGAGCUACCAAUGUUGUCAACUGAAAAACCUAAGCUGGACAAGCAAGAAUUAAUUAGAAAUAUACUUGAUGCAAAGGCAUCAAAGGAUAAAUUGGUGUUGGUAGAUUCUUCUGGUUCCCAAACUACCAGUGGCAUGGAUUUUGAUGAAAAAAUUCAAGAAAUUAGAGCAAUGGCUAGGAAGGCUCGGGAGAUUCAGAGCAGAGGAAAGCCAUUGGUUAAUGAGGAUAGAGAAGAAAAACAGUUUGUGAAUGAUGAAUCAUCUGGUAGGAUGGAGAUGUUUGAAGAGUACACAGAAGGGGUGAGUUUUCUAACUGACAUUCAAAAUGGAGAUUCUGAUCAAAGGAGGGAUAUGGAUGAUAUGAGAGUGGAGUUAUCUUUAGAAGGGUCAGAGGAUGAUGAUACCAGGCAUCUAAAUAAGGUGUCCUCUGAAAAGAAUAGGGUCAUGCAUUCUUCUAGCACUUCAGGUGUAGAAGUUUUAAAAGACAGGCAAACAAUGGCAAGAGGAGAAGUUACACAUUCCUCUGAUACUAUUGAUGAUGAAUGGUGCUUGCCAAAGGCAAAACCAAGGAUUAUACUUUCAGUCAAAGAAGCAAGGGAAUUCCUUGCUAAGAAAGAUAACAAAUGUGCCCAGGAACCCAAAGUUAACACAGUGCAAGAAGAAACAUCUAUGUUAAGUCCAUCUAGUGAUAAAAUAUCUGGUGGUAAAACAAGCCAAAGAGUGGAAACAGGUAGACCGCUGUUUGAACCUGUCAAUUCGGGCAAAAUGUCAGGUCCUUUGACUGCUGUGAAUUUUCUCAAAGAUUCAAUUCCAGAGGGGAAGGAAAUUGUUUCAAACCAGAAAGAUGAUUCCAAUGAUUCUGAGGAAGAACAUGGGUUGCAUAAUCUUCAAAAUUCCCAAACACUCUUAAAUAAAGACAUUAAUGACAGCAUGGAGAGAAGACAGCCUGUACAGACACAAAACUGGAUGGAGAAAAAUUUUGUUGAAGUUGAACCCAUAAUUAAGAAGAUUGGUGAUGGAUUUAGGGAUAAUUACAAAAUUGCAAGAGAAAAUGUAAAUCAACAUGCAGGUAUUGAUGUAACACAUCUUAACUAUAGUGAAGAUGAUAGUGAACUUGAGUGGAUGAAAGAUGAUGAUCUUAGAGAAAUAGUUUUUCGAGUCCGAGAAAAUGAGUUGGCAGGGAGGGAUCCAUUUCAUUUGAUGGAUGCUGAAGAUAAACUUAAAUUCUUCAAAGGUCUUGAGAAGAAAGUUGAGAAAGAGAAUGAAAAAUUGUUUCAAGUUCAUGAAUAUCUCCAUUCAAAUAUUGAAAAUCUUGAUUAUGGAGCAGAUGGUAUCAGCUUGUAUGAUACUCCAGAAAAGUUUAUACCUCGCUGGAAGGGGGCUCCAUUAGAAAAGAAUCCUGAGUUCCUCAACAACUUCCUAGAACAACGUAAUGCAUUUUUUGCUCGAAAUGCUGGCACUUUGUACCUUGUGAAGGAGGAUGAACGAAACUUGAUUCAGAAAUCAACUGAAUCUCUAGCAGAUGAGAAUACUGCAACUUCCUUGUCAGAAAACGCUUUAGAGAAGAAUUUACGCAGUAAGAAUUCUAAAGAUUCUAAGACAGUAAUAGAAGGUAGUGAUGGUUCUGUUAGACCUGGAAAAAAAUCAGGCAAGGAAUAUUGGCAACACACAAAGAAAUGGUCCCGUGGGUUUUUGGAAUCUUACAAUUCAGAGACAGACCCAGAAAUGAAAUCUGUCAUGAAGGAUAUAGGAAAAGAUUUGGAUAGAUGGAUCACUGAAGAAGAAAUACAGGAGGCAGCUGAUCUGAUGAAGAAACUUCCUGAGAGAAAUAAGAAGUUCAUGGAAAAGAAAAUCAAUAAGUUAAAAAGAGAAAUGGAAUUGUUCGGACCACAAGCUGUAGUGAGCAAAUACAGUGAGUAUGCAGAAGAGAAGGAAGAAGAUUACUUGUGGUGGUUAGAUCUUCCACAUGUACUGUGCAUUGAAUUGUACACAACUCAGAAUGGGAAACAAGAGAUAGGAUUCUAUUCGAUGGAGAUGGCUGCAGAUCUUGAAUUGGAACCAAAACCAUGUCAUGUGAUUGCUUUUGAAGAUGCUGGUGAUUGCAAAAACCUAUGUUGUAUUAUUCAAACUCACAUGGAUAUGCUUGGAAAUGGCCAUGCCUUUGUUGUUCCAAGGCCUCCUAAGGAUGCCUUUCGGGAAGCCAAAGCAAGUGGUUUUGGUGUUACUAUUAUCAGGAAAAGAGAGCUAAAGCUGAAUGUAGAUCAAACCCUGGAAGACGUGGAGGAACAAAUCACUGAGAUUGGAAGCAAGAUGUAUCAUGAUAAGCUCAUGCGGGAGCGUUCUGUUGAUAUAAGUGCACUGAUGAAGGGUGUUUUUGGUGUCGAUGGCCAAAGUGCUAAUGCUAAAAGAAAAAAGCCAAAGCGGAAGCUGAAGAAGCCUAGCAAGGAAUGAAGAUGAUUUGUGCCUAACCAAGCAUGGGUGAGUGGUGAUGACAGUUGACCAUGACACCAUGUAAAAGGUUGUUGGCUGUGUACGCUGCUUCACAAGGUCUGGGUUUUUUGUCUUGCUUCCAGUCAAGCAGAUCAGGAGCACAUGGAAGACCUUUUGUCCAAUGCUGAAUGCUUUACCUAUCACAUAUGUUAUGUCAAAUUCAAUCUGCUGCUAGGUCUAUUUGGAGGGCCUUGCGUCAUGCAGUGAUGGCAGGUUGGCAACUUUGACAUUCAACUUUGCUGCCUACAGAAGGAUAAGCUGGAUAAUGGCUGGAGCUAAUGCACUAAAACAUACUAGCAAUUCUAUGUACUGCUGGGGGUGCUGCUCUGCGUCCAUCAGCAGUUUCCAUGACAUUGAUCUUCCCAGGUCUAAAGCGGGCAGAAUUCUGAGUUCAACAGAAAAGGUUCUGACCCGGUAAAAUUCAAAGCUGCUAGUGAAAAAUGACCUCUUUAUUUGUGAAUCGCUUGCUAUUCCUCAGUUUUGUAUGGGCAAUAACCAAUGGUUUGCAUAGUAACAAAUGGUUUACAUUUUCUAUGUUCAGCAUCAAUUUUCUAUUCUUAAGAAAGUGGGAAAGCGUGCAUGUAAUUGGUAUUGACGUCGAGAAGAAAACCCUUGGCUUUCCCUGCUUUUAUUUACCCCAGCGUGUCACGCAGUAUAAGUAGUAUGUGAAUUUUAUGUAGAAAUCUAGUAUAUCUUACCAGACUGAUAUGGCUGAUCUAUAUCAUUUCCAUUUUCUUUU